GCUUCCGGAAACAUUUCGUGUCCAUAAAUGCAUUCAUUGUGAAAAAAGAAAAUGCUUUUGGAUAGCUACAAUGAAUAAAUAUAUUUCACUCCGAUAUAUUUUUAAUAACAAACUAAUCGUAUUAACUUAAGGAUUUGAUGUACUAUACAUAAUUAGUUAGUUUGUAACUGUUGGGUAUGGCUGACCGCACAAACCCAUCUCCUGUGAUCCCAAACCCAGCAUCGGCGCAGCCUCCCCCGCCUAUGUUUUUCUCACCUCAGGCUCAUAGCAAUAUGGCACAAACAGGUCAACUGAAAAAUCCUGCACCAUUACCCAAUGGGCCUUUUGUUCCUCCUGUUGGAAACUUUCAACCUGGUAACCAGGGCUCACAGCCUGGUGUGUGGAGCGGUGGUCAAGCACCUUCACCAUCUAACGUUAAUGGAUUCAAUCCUUCUGGUCAUCCUCAGACAUUUUUACCACCCUCUACUUUAAAUACAGCUGGUUUUCCUCCUCCAGUUAGCAGUGGUCAACCUUUAAUGAGCAGCGCACCUGUGAGGCCAAUAGGACAGCAGCCUCCUCUACCUCCCUCUGUACCCUUUUCUGGUCCACAGUUAAAUGGACCAGGUAAUUUAAACACUAGGCCACCACUGUCUGCUAAUUUUCAACAACCUGCAAUAGGACAGAGGCCACCUAUUUUUCAAGGAGUAACUCCAAACCAGACCCAAAAAACAUUAAACUAUGGUGCUCCUCCAUCAACAACAUUUAGGCCUCCAGCACCUUCAAUAAGUGGAGUGAAUCCAGCUUCUGGUGAUGUCAUACAAAGUCGACCAAAUGAACUGCCAGUACCUUUUCAUGGACAAGGUCAAUAUUCACAUCAAGUUAAUCCUCUUUUGCAAAAAACUCCCACUCCUACUCCCAGUAAUUCAGAGCCUCCAUCAGAGAGAUCCUCUAGGGGCCCAUCACCAGUCUCAGGUCACACUAUAGAUGCUUUAGAGGGUCAAUUUUCACCUGGUCAUGGAGCUCCAUCACCUGCUUUUCCAGGAAACCGAGGUAGUCCACAACCACCACAACAGUCAUUUGUUGGUUCAGAAGGACAAAUGCCUGGCACACCGCCAAAGUUAACUGGUGCAGUUCGACCUCCUUUGCAAAAUCAGUUUCAACAGCAGCCCUGGUCUUCAUCACAACAACAGCCAGGACCAUACCCACAACCUGGGCAGUAUCAGGCAAAUUUACCUGGACAGAGACCUCCUCCCCCUCAGGGCUUUCCACCCCUACCUACACCAGGUCAACCUGUAGGAUUUCCUCCAUCUGCACAGCAACCCCGGUAUCCUCCACCACCUGGUACUGCUUUACCUCCCCAAAUCAAUCCACCAGGAUUUCCACCAUCUAAUACCAACACAGCUGCCUUUCCUCCUGCGAUGCCCACAGUUCCCAGGUUUCAGCCUCCGCCAACUGUCGCUGGGGUGCCUCCACCUCCCUCUGCAGGGAUGGCACAGCCAGGUAUGCCUCCACCACCUACUGGUUCGUUUCAACCUCACCAGUUUAGGCCUGGCUUACCUCCAAGCACACCAUAUGGUGGUAUGAUGAAUCAGUCAACUCACCCCCCUCUGCCGAGUCAAGGAAGUUUUUCUCCUACACAGUUUGGUCUGCCGUCACAACAGCCGGGUGUUCCAGGAUAUGAUGGCAUUAACUCUGUCACACAAGGAAUGGGACAGAUGGGCUUUCAAGAUACCGCUCGGGCCAUAAAUCUUUUAACGGAGAGACAGUUGAUUUUACCAGAUGGCUUAGAAACUCCAAAAGCUGUCCUUCCAAAUGAUCAUAAAAAAGUAAACUGCAGCCCAGAUAUAUUUAGAUGUACACUUAAUGCCAUCCCACAAAAUGCAGCAUUGCUCAGUAAAGCACGGCUACCCCUUGGUGUCCUAAUUCAUCCAUUUAGAGAUUUAUCUCAACUCCCUGUUAUUCAGUCAAGUGUAAUUGUCAGGUGUCGAUCCUGCAGAACAUAUAUUAAUCCAUUUGUUGUUUUUGUUGACCAAAGAAGAUGGAAAUGUAACUUGUGCUUUAGAAUCAAUGAUUUACCUGAUGAAUUUUCAUUUGAUCCUGUGAGCAAAACAUAUGGUGAUCCUCAGAGGAGACCUGAGGUCAAAUCUGCAACAAUAGAAUUCAUCGCUCCUUCAGAAUAUAUGUUGAGACCACCUCAGCCUGCAGUUUAUCUUUAUUUACUUGAUGUGUCUUUCAAUGCUGUAAAAACUGGUUAUCUCUCCCAGUUUUGUCAAAUUUUGAUCGAUGAACUGGACAAGCUUCCUGGCGAUGCACGCACAACUAUUGGCUUUUUAUGCUAUGACAAAGCUCUUUACUAUUUUAAUCUAGCUGAAGGCUUAUCUCAGCCACAGAUGUUGUGUGUCCCUGAUUUGGAAGAUCCUUUUUUGCCCUGCCCAGACAACCUACUAGUCAACUUAAAUGAGAGUAAAGAAUUAGUGAUUGAUCUGCUCAACCAGUUGCCUAACCUUUUUGACUCCAACUAUGAGACAGGCAGUGCCUUAGGAGCAGCGCUGCAAUCUGCACAUAAACUUAUGAGUGCUACUGGUGGUAGGAUAACAGUGAUGCAGACAUGCUUGCCCACGGUUGGACCGGGCGCUUUAGAAAACAGAGAUGCUGCUAGCACUGCUGGAAAGAAUGUAACCAAUAUUGGGCCAGCCACUGACUUCUAUAAAAAACUUUCCUUGGAUUGUUCAGCACAGCAGAUAGCUGUAGAUUUGUUUAUGUUGAAUGGUCAAUAUGCAGAUAUAGCAACCUUGUCUUGCAUCUCCAAGUAUUCAGCAGGAUGUAUCUACUACUACCCUUCAUUUCAUUCUGUUAAAAAUCCUGGACUUGUUGACAAAUUUGAUACUGAUCUCAGACGCUACUUAACUAGGAAGAUAGGAUUUGAAUCUGUCAUGAGAAUUAGAUGCACAAGAGGUCUGAGCAUCCACACUUUCCAUGGCAACUUCUUUGUUAGGUCAACUGAUCUUCUUUCCUUACCCAACAUCAAUCCUGAUGCUGGAUUUGGAAUGCAAGUAUCAAUAGAUGAUAAUCUUCAGGAGUCUAGUUCUGUUAGCUUCCAAGCUGCAUUACUCUACACUUCUAGCAAAGGAGAGCGUAGAAUUCGAGUGCAUACUCUUUGUGUACCUGUUACUAAUCAGCUGAGUGAAGUUUUUGUUAGCGCAGACCAACAAGCGAUUGCUUCCUUACUAUCUAAAAUGGCUGUUGAUAGGUCAUUAAGUUCUGCCAUCACUGAUGCAAGAGAUGCCAUGAUGAAUGCAUCACUUGAUGCAUUGUUAGCCUAUGCUCAGCAGAUACCAGCCACACAGAGAGUUGGUGCUCUAUUGGCACCUCAGUCACUUCGUUUGAUGCCCAUGUUUAUGUUGGCCAUGUUAAAAAGUAUUGCAUUUAGUCUUGGUGGAAACAUAAAGGUUGAUGACCGUGUUUUUGCAAUGCAGCAGUUUAAAGUGUUGCCCCUCUGCUAUUUAAUACAGAACUUGUACCCACAUUUGUACCCUCUACACAAGCUGAAUCUGGAGAAACCAAUAAAACGAGGCAAUGAAGACAUCCCUAGUGCACCACUGAUACAGUUAUCUUCAGCUAACAUAGACAGAACUGGACUUUUCUUGAUGGACACAGGAGAGGCCAUGUACUUAUUAGUGGGCAGUGGUGUUGGUGAAGAGAUGUGUCAGAAUGUUUUUGACAAACCCAACUUUAUGUCUAUACCUGAUGGCAUUAUGGAGUUACCUGAGUUGGAUAACCCAACAUCAGACAACAUAAGGAGCUUUAUUAAUUAUUUGAUGGACUCCAGACCCAAUGGAGUUACUUUUCUUGUUAUCAGGGAUGACAGCAAGAACAGACACCUUUUUUUCCAGCACAUGUUGGAAGAUCGCACAGAAAACAGUAUGUCUUACUAUGAAUUUUUGCAGUUUUUGCAAGGCAAAGCCAAAGGUUGAUGUUUAGAAUGUGCUCUUAGUUAUCAUCAAUAUUUGUAAAUCUAUUUAAAUAUCUGACCUAACAACUUGUUUAAGUAUCACAUAACUGUAACUGAACAUUUUCAUCAGGAAAGGCCAUUUCUCUACUUUUACUGAACUUAAAAAAAAAAAUCUAAAGUCAUGAACAUGUAAAUACAUUUUGACACAUUCAUUGUACAGCAGUCAUAUAGUUGUGUAUUUGAUUUAUUUAUUGUUUCCUUUUUUUUUUUCUUUAUUUGUUUUAAACAUUGUGAUAACUUGUGUAUGAACAUAUAUAUACAUAUAUGUAUAUUGAUUACGAUUGAAUGAGAGAUCAUAAUAAAAGCCAUUGAUGCUUAUAAUGACAAUGUUACUAGUAUCUUGCAUGCCCUGGAUUAGAUAUUUUUAUAAGUGUGAUUUUAUUGAACCUGGCUGUUUGAGGAGAAAUUGAAAUUUUUCUUUUUUUUUUUUUCAAAUUAUGAGGUUUGGAGGAAACAAAUACACAAAAUGAUAUGGUUGUGUUUAAUAUUUAUCUUGAUUGACUAUAGUCAACUGCACUGUUUUCCUCAAUAUAUCACCUUUUUGUUUCAUAAAUAAUUUUUAGCUUAGUGGUUAAAUUUUAAGCAGAUUUUUAAUUUCAUUUCAUCAGUUAAAUCUAAUUGCAAAAGUUGAUUUUCAAAUAUUUAUUAUGAAACCUGAUUCUUUAAAGAUAUUUUUUAAAGGUCUGCCAAAUAUUUAUUUUAGACUUUACUUAAUGUCUUGAUUUUUUUCCUUUUCUUAACAUUACACCCUACCAGCCCACCAUUAACUCAUACAACAAUGAAAGUCAUUUCACAUUGCAAUUGAAUGGAGAUUGCUGUGCUAGAGAAAGUUGUGUAAAUAUACUGAGUCAGUUAAGCAUGAGAACGAACAAUUUUAGUGUUGUAUUUUUGCUGUUUAAUCGUAGGGUAUGUUUGUGUGUGGUCAAAUAUAACAGAAUAUUAAGUGCUACAUACAUUUUAUUUUAAAAAGUUAUUUCACAAUACUUAGUCCAUUUGUUUUUAUUAUUGAAUGUUUGCAGUUUAGACAAAAACUUAAAUAUAAAUGUUGACAUUUUAAAAAAUGUAGGCUGAUGAAAAUGGUUAAUUUCAAAGUCAUAGAUUUGAUGUCAUAAUUUCAACAGAUUUGCUUCAAUAUUUAGCAUAAUUUUUCUUUUACAAAUCCCCCUUUUAUAAAUUUCAGUAUUUUGUUUUUAGUAUUGCAUAUAACCAGUGGCAUAAAUUGUGACAGUAUUAGUAAAUCAGGAGGUGCUUCUGUUGGUGGGAUGAUAAAUUCUGCAAUAUACUUCAGAUAAAUUUUGCAAUAAAUGUUACCAUCUCUAUUAGUGUUCUUUUUAAUGUCUGAUCUGUGCAUAUGUUCCCAACAAAAUUUGUGAUCUCUCACUAUCUCUGAUUUUAUUUCUGGUGAUGGUAUAAGAACUUCAUAGAUAUUUUUUUUAAAAACUAGAUCUCUAGAAUCAUCAUCCCACCCUGUCAUUUUAGUGUAUGCAGAUACAUAUUGUUUCAAAGACACAGUAAUGAAAUGUAAUAUUAAACAAAUGCUAGGUAAAAAGAUGUAUCACUCUGUAUAGUAAUAUUCUUUCAAACUGCUAUAAGCCAAUGUUAAUGUAUGUGUGAAUGAGUUUUUCUUCUGGUCAUGAGGCUAACAUAUUGUCAUUUAAAUUGUUAACACUUGAAUAAAUGAGAGUAAAAUAAUG